GUCACUGCAAAUUUACCACACGCCAAGGACAAGAAAAGAGCUCCUUCCAGCUUGCCAGCCUUGAAGGCUCGCAUUAAUUCUGGCAUCAUAAUGUUCACCACUUUCGUUUUUACCAUUGGUAUUGGUCUAAUUGUGUUAUACUUGGGCCUCGUGUUUCCGACGCUGGAGCAAAAAUGGAGACUCUAUGCCCACCGAUCGCAGCUCCCACCUGGGCCGAGGGUAAUAAAGACGGGCAUCCGGAAGCCGUGGUUGUGGUUCCGUGAGCUGAACCAAGAGUUCGGAGACGUCGUUUACCUGCAACUCGGACCAACGCCUACGAUCGUCCUCGGCUCUGCACAGGCCGCGUGGGAUCUCCUGGAAAAGCGGGGAUCGACGUAUUCUUCAAGGCCGCGCUUCAUCAUGGGCGGAGAGCUCCUGUCGGGGGGGAUGAGAGGCCUUAUGGCUCCGUACUCACCUUACUGGAGGCGCUGGCGAAAGCUGUUGCACAGCGGCUUCAUGCAACGCCAGAGUGAAUCCUACCGUCCAAUCCAGAGCCUCGAGUCCACGGUCCUCAUGCACGACUUGAUGAGAGACGCGAGCGGCUUUCGGACCCAUCUAGAACGAUAUGCUGCCUCUGUCAUCGUCACUGUCACGUAUGGGCGUCGUGUUGAGGAUGUCCGUACUGAUGCUGUUGUCCAGCGCAACGCAGAGUCGAUGGACCGUCUUACUUCAGUCAAUAUCCCGGGAAAGUUUGCAGUCGAGCGCUUCCCGGCGCUCAAAUAUGUCCCAAGCAUAUUCGCCCCAUGGAAAGCUAAAGUCCUGGAGCAACGAGGUCGGGACAUUCAGUUUUACACAGAAUUGAUGGAUGAAGUCCGGGAUAAGUUGUCGAGAGGUGCUUUGAACGACUGCUUCGCAAAGCACCUUCUGCAGGAGCAAUCUAGCCUCGGGAUGAGCGACUUGGAGAUUGCGUACACGGCGGGAACCCCAUUUGGGGCUGGUGUUGAGACAUCUGCGGGCUCACUUGCGAGCUUCAUCCUCGCGUGUGUCAAGUUUGGCAAGGAGUUCAUUCCCCAAGCACAAAGAGAGCUCGACAGGGUGGUAGGAAACGAACGACUUCCCACGUUUGAAGACCUACCGGCACUCGAAUACGUGGCGGCCAUUGCCUCUGAGACGCUACGCUGGCGACCCGUGGCCGUCUUGGGAGGUACUCCACACGCUAGCACGGCAGACGACGUCUAUAAUGGCAUGUUUAUCCCCAAGGGAAGCACUGUAAUCGCCCCUCUGUGGUCUAUCCACCUAAACGAGGCCGAUUUUCCCGACCCGCAUCACUUCAAGCCAGAGCGCUUUUUGGAAAAUCGCGCGUAUCCCGGCACCUUUGGACACAGCGCUUUUGGAUGGGGUCGUCGUAUCUGUCCCGGAAUGCAUUUGGGCUCAGCUUCCGUGGCAAUUAACAUUGCACGCAUAUUGUGGGCUUUCGACGUCGCCCCGGCCCGGGAUGGAGAAGGGCGUAAUAUCGAGGUCGAUAUAUUUGCAUAUUCAGACGGUUUUAAUUCGACGCCACUUCCUUUUCCCUGUUCGAUCACGCCACGGUCGUCGAGGCAUGCGGAGGUCGUUCAAAAAGAGUAUGAAGCUGCCGUGAAGCAGUUGAAGGCAUAGCAGGAUACAUUUUAUACAUACCAUCGUCACGUGCUUAUAGUUGGGUCAAAGUCGCAAUAGUCUCACCUUUGGUGAUAUUAGCGGGAAGGUUAAAUUUUCUCAAAGAUUUUGCCAAUUUACGACCUUGGCCAACAUGAAAAUUACCACACUGCUAGUUAACAGCUC